GCAGGGAGAAAUGCUACCUGGAUCAAAGUAGCUGCGAUGCCUCUGGCAGAUUCUGAUCACAAUGUGAAUCACUUAGCAGAACAUCUCAAGAGUCCACAUUAUACAUGUUCCACCUACCGAGGAGAUAUAUGUCCUAAGGGUUUCUAUUGUCCUUUGGGAUCCGCUUAUCCUAAGCUUUGUGAUGUCGGAUUUUACUGUAACCAGACGGGUCUAACAGCACCAGCAGGGCCAUGCAUGGGUGGUUAUUACUGUCCCUGGGGGUCCUCAGAUGCUUACGUCAACCCAUGCCCCUCUGGACACUACUGCCCAGUUGGAACGCCUCUUCCCAAGCCAUGCCCCCUAGGAACCGUUAAAAGUUUCCUUGGUGGAUCCACAGUGGAGACAUGUCAGCCAUGUCCUCCAGGUCACUACUGCGAUCAAAGAGGCGGCACUGAGCCAAAUGGCCACUGUGUAGAGGGCUACUAUUGUCCUGAAGGACAGACCUCUCAGAGACCACAACUGCAUGUCUGCUCACUUGGACAUUAUUGUGAGAAGGGCAGUGUGAGACAGACCCCCUGUAUUCCUGGCAGCUACCAGCACAGACAGGGCCAAGGGACCUGUGAAACAUGCCCUCCUGGCUUCUAUUGUCAAGAUCAGGGAACGAGUCAUCCGCUUCCCUGUGAAAGAGGACAUUACUGCCCCUCUGCAUCAGCAAAUCAACGUCCCUGUCCAUCAGGGACCUAUGGAAACUUGUCAGGACUUGCAGAGCAGUCCCAGUGCACACCAUGCGACCCUGGCAUGUACUGCAAAGGAGCAGGAAGGACUUUCCCCAGUGGGCUUUGUGCUGAGGGGUACGUUUGUGUCGGCGGCGCCUUUGAUCAUUCGCCAUCAGACAGUCUGACAGGAUUCCCAUGUCCUCCUGGGUAUUUCUGCCCCAUGGGGACUUCUGCACCAAAACCGUGCCCUAAAGGAACAUACAGUGAGCAAAGUGGGCUUGGAGACCUUUCUCAGUGUCAGAGCUGCAGUCCUGGUUUUUACUGUUCAGAACCUGGUCUCUCUUCAGUCUCUGGUCUCUGUCUCCCAGGUUACUACUGUCUAGAGGGUUCUCAGUCUGCUUCUCCAGGAUCAGGUGACUUUGCAGGUAUUUGUCCAGCAGGCCACUACUGUCUAGAAGGCACCAGUGUUCCCUUACCUUGCCCAGCUGGUUUCUACCAGAAUAAUCCUGGAAGCAAAGGCAAAGAUGACUGUAAACCCUGUCCACCUGGUAAUCCAUAGCAAAUUCUACAAAGCCUCUCAUUUUAAGUGCUAUGAAUUCCUAAUAUUUUUUAGAAUUUUACAGUUCCCAUAAUAAUGCUUCU